CGAAUGGCGUCGCCGCGUACACGGCAUGACCUCCCCGUCGUGCGUGGGCGUGGUGGUGGUGGUGCUGCUGCUGGUGGCUGGGAGGGGACCCCGUCCGAAUGGACGUUCCCGUCGCGUCUCGAGCCGAGUCGGAGCGCGCGUGAGAUGCUGGGUGCGGGGGGAAGGGUCACAGUUCACGUAGGGAGAGGAGAGUAAGCCACUCGAGCUGGCCAUCACCCCCACCACCACCACCACGGCGCAGCUGAGUUACGGGAGAUCACCCAGCACCACAACCCCAUCGCCACCCUCCCCCCACCACCUCAUCCUCCUCCAACCCUCCGCGUCAUUCCUUCCAUAAAUUGUCGCUGCUCUUUCUUUAAAAGCCGCAGCUCGCUCGCUCUGCUCCGAGGGAGGUGUCAACGGACCUCGUCAAACAGCGCUCUGUGGAGCUUUUUAUUUUUUUCACAAGUUGCCGUGCUCGUCACUUUUGAGUCGACAAAAGUCGAGGUUGCCGUUCUUUACUGUGCGCGCGUCGGCGCGGGCGAUCAGCCCACUUGAAUGUUGCCGCAUCCCACCACCCCCACCACAGCACCGGCCGCACGAGAGUUAGGCAACUUUGAAUGGGUCGCCGGUCACCACUCGUGGUCUCCCCUCGCCACUCGCGCGGCGGUGGUUAGCAGCGCAGUGGAGGAAGUGCAGCUCACCCGUCGCUCUGCGUGACAACACGACACACAGAGAGAGAGAGGGGAGAGAGAUUCCAGCGGUGGGGCAAAACUUGCACGGGUGCCGUGAACCACGUUUUGCCCGUUUUUACGAGAGGCGGAGAUGAGCGAAACGGAACUGAAGACGGCCGUCCAGACGGAGGGCUUGCUUGGGGAGGUGCCCGAGAGGGCUGGGCUGCCACCAGUCUACCUGCCCACAACCACCACGGCAGCAGGCAAGCAGCGGGCCAGGACGACGCCGAGGCAGCGAUGUCUGCUCAAGGCCCUGGGGCUCGCGCUGUUCGUCGUGCUGGUGACCGCGAUUGUUUCCAUCGCUGUGGCGCAGAGCAAGAAGCUCCCCCCUCCGCUCAAGUACGGAGUGGUGCUGGAUGCGGGCUCUUCGCACACAUCGCUGUUCGUGUACCAGUGGCCAGCGGACAAGGAGAACGACACCGGGGUGGUGACGCAGGUCGCGCACAUCGACGUGGAGGGAGGCGGCAUAUCGAGCUACAAGGAUAACCCGGAGAUGGCCGGGCAGUCCCUGGUGCCGAGUCUCUUCAACGCCACGAAACUCGUCCCGCCGGAGAGGCACCACGAGACGCCCAUCUCCUUGGGCGCCACGGCCGGCAUGCGACUGCUCCGCAAGCAGAACCCCGAGGCCGCGGAGCGGGUGAUGGAGUCGGUGAAGACCGCCCUGCGGGCAACGCCGUUCCUCUUCUGCAGCGCUCGCAUCCUCACCGGACAGGAGGAGGGCGCCUUUGGCUGGGUCACCAUCAACUACCUGCAGGGCAACUUCCUCCAGAGAGACUGGCUGUCCUGGGUGCGUCCGAGGGGAGCCAAGACGGUGGGGGCCCUCGACCUGGGCGGGGCGUCCACGCAGAUCGCGUUCGUGCCCGCGGGCGGGGCGCUGAGCGGCACGCAGCGCUUCCGCCUGUACGGCUACGACCACGCGGUGUUCACGCACAGCUACCUCUGCUACGGCAAAGACGAGGCGCUGAUGCGCGUCGCCGCCACGCUGGCGCGCGGCGCACUGGCGGAGGCUUGGAAGAACUCGUCCUCGGACGUGGAGGUGACGUUCCCGUGCUACCACAGCGGCUUCGAGGAGCGGCUGGAAGUGGGGUACAUGUUCGGGAAGCCGUGCACAGCCGCGCUGAAGCCGCUGGUCGGGCCGCACGGUGGCGCGGGUCCCCUCCAGGGCCGCGUGCUGCUGCGAGGUUCCGGCCAGGCUGACAAGUGCGCCGAGGCGGUGGCGCAAAUCUUCAACUACUCGUCGUGCGCGGGACGCAAGGACUGCACGUUCGACGGCGUCUACCAGCCGCCCGUGUCCGGGUCCUUCAUGGCCUUCUCCGCGUUCUACUACGUGAUGGAUUUCCUAAAGCUGAGAGGAGAGGGCAACGUGUACUAUAUCCGCGAUGUCGUGAAGAGAUUCUGCAACAAACCCUGGAACGAGGUGCGGGCCUCGUCACAGAUCGAACAAAAGCACCUCAAGUCCUACUGCUUCUCCGCCAACUACCUGCUGCAGCUGCUCAUCCACGGCUACAAGUUCAACUUCUCGACGUGGAUCAACAUCAAGUUUGUCAAAAAGGUGGAGGGCAUACAAGCGAUCGGGGAGGCGGGCUGGGCUCUGGGCUACAUGCUCAACGAGACGAACCUCAUCCCCGUGGAGUUGGCGCCGCGAGCCAUCCCCGAGGCCGCCUUUGGUUCCACGCUGGCCCUCCUCUCCCUCCUCCUGGCGGCGCUGCUGCUGGCCGCGCUGGCGUACACGUGCGUGUCGUGCGCCCGCUGGGCCCUGGUGAGCCGGGCGGGCCCGCCGAACGGUCAGCUGAGCACGGACGCGGCCUCCGCGUGAGCCGGCCGCUCGAACGGCGCGGCGGGGACGGGACGCGUGGCGGUACGGCGUCGUUUCUUCUCGACGUCUGCCACGCUCGCAGUUUUGUCCUCCCGGGAGGAAUGGAGCGGUGGGCAGCAAGAGAAACAAACCCCGGCUGUGCGUUGGAGAGCGAGGACACGGGUCGAGAUGGUUUUUCAGACGAGGAGCCAAGGCCAUUGCCUGCUUCGUCAAGGAACACUUGUUGCCGUUCUGGAAAUAGGAAUGCUCUUGUCAACGCAUUUCAACGGCGGCGGGGCGCAGUAGACGCUGAGCUACGUCCGAGACGCAAAGCAGCCAAGUCGGGUGCCGUGUCACGCGUUGCCUUGCAGAGGUCACGGAGAAGAGACGUUGGGGGUAGGUGUGCUUCUGUUUACCAAAGAACGGCGAUUAAUGUCGAGACCGAUGACGGCGUUGGUGAACGCGGUGCACUUUGAUUGCAGUGGGUGCGGUCCGCGUGUGACGAAUUUACCACCGAGCAUGUGAGCAGCGCGGUCAAGGCGGAGGAGGGAAUUCUUCACCUCGUGAUGUGGCUGCCUACCCAGUGUGCACGUCAAUUUUGAAAUCGCAGCACGACAGAAAUACGCACCAAUCAAGAUUCCCUCUGAAAUGCGUGCAUGAUAUCAAAGAAUCGAAGCUGCUUGGGCAUGGCUGUACAUGAAAGGAAGCACGUAAUGAGCCGUACGUAAAAUAUAAAGGUCAAUUAUCUAUACAUGUUACCAUUACUUAUUAGCAUGAAGAAUAUGUCCUUGUUAGGUGUGUUGUACAUUUACAUUGAACAUAGUAUGCAUUUGUUACGCAACAUAUUUUUGUUCCAAAGCCAUGUACGUUGCCGUUUGUGUUAUUUUGAGAGUUGAUAGUAUUUGCUUUUUUCUUUUGUAAAUAUGUAAUGUCAACCAUGAGUUGCUUGUGGUCUCAGUUAAACAUUUUUUAAUCUCUCUGCCAUUUCUUUCCAGUUGAAUGAUCGGGUUUUUUUGUCAUAUAAGUUAAUGUCAUGUCCUCUUAAUUUUGACAGACAGUUAAUCCACUCAUUGAUGCAAAUAAAGUCAAAUUAAACUAUUGCCAUGUGGACCUCAA